CAGCAACAGAGCUGCAGUGAGAGGGGGAGCAAAGAGGAGAGCUUCAACGUCAGGAAAUGAAACUUAACUUUGCUUUGUCAGAGCAGCAGCCGUCGAGACGAGUCUCUGUUUGUCUCUGAAAGGAAAUUCAGAAUCUGAGUUCAUCAGGUCUUUCUCAACAACCCAGCGGAGUCUCUGCCAAACACGGAUAUGGCUGCUGUGAACUAUCUGCGAUCUGAAGAUCAGUUCCUGUGCUCCAUCUGUCUGGAUGUGUUCACUGAUCCUGUCAGCACAUCAUGUGGACACAACUUCUGUAAAACCUGCAUCAAUGUGCACUGGGAUACUAAAGACCAGUGCCUGUGUCCAAUGUGUAAAAUGGUUUUCAACACAAGACCUGAGCUGCACGUCAACACUUUGUUCUCUGAGAUAGCUGCUCAGUUCAAGUCAGCUCAGCAGGAAGCCAGCAGCAGGAGCUCAGAGACACAAGCUGCCAAACCAGGAGAAGUUCCCUGUGACGUCUGCACUGGAACCAGACUGAAGGCCCUGAAGUCCUGCCUGGUGUGUCUGGUCUCCUACUGUGAGACUCACCUGGAGCCUCAUCUGACAGCUUCAGGCCUGAAAAGACAUCAGCUGAUCGACCCUGUGGAGAACCUGGAAGACAGGAUGUGUACGAAGCACGAUAAACCUCUGGAGCUGUUCUGUAAGACCGACCAGACGUGUGUCUGCAUGCUCUGCACUGUUUUAGACCACAAGAUGCACGAUGUUGUUCCAAUGAAGGAAGGAUAUGAAGGAAAGAAGGCCGAGCUGGGGAAGACAGAGGCUGAAAUUCAGCAGAUGAUCCAGCAGAGAGGACAGAAGAUUCUGGAGAUCAAACAGUCGGUUGGCCUCAGUGAGAAAGAGGCAGGCAGAGAGAAAGCAGAAGGUGUUCAGAUCUUCACUUCUCUGAAGGAGUCUGUUGAGAGAGGCCUGAAGGAGCUCAUCGACACCAUCGAAGAGAAGCAGAGAACAGCAGAGAAACAGGCUGAAGGCUUCAUCACAGAGCUGGAACAGGAAAUCUCUGAGCUGAUGAAGAGAAGGACUGAGGUGGAGCAGCUCUCACGCUCUGAAGACCACCUCCAUCUUCUCCAGAGUGUCCAGUCCCUGAACAUCCACCAUCCACCCACCAAGGACUGGACAGAGGUCAGCGUCUGUCCACCAUCAUAUGAGGGGACUGUGGUGAGAGCUGCGGCUCAGCUGGAGGAGAAACUCAGUAAAGAGAUCAAGAAGCUGCUUGAGCUGACGAGGGUCCAGCGGUUUGCAGUGGACGUGACUCUUGAUCCUAAUACAGCACAUCCGAAACUCAUCCUGUCUGUUGAUGGGAAACAAGUGUAUCAUGGUGACGUGUGGAAGGUUCUCCCAGACAAUCCAGAGAGAUUUUCUGUUAAAACUUGUGUUUUAACUAAGCAGAGUUUCUCUUCAGGCAGAUUUUACUUUGAGGUUCAGGUUAAAGACAAGACUGGCUGGAAGUUAGGAGUGGCCAGAGAGUCGAUCAAAAGAAAAAUCAAACUAAGCCAUCAGAGGGGUUACUGGAGUUUAUGGUUGAAAAAUGGAAACGAGUACAGAGCUCUUGCUGGACCUUCAGUCCUUCUGUCUCUGAAGUCUCGGCCUCAGAAGGUGGGGGUUUAUGUGGAUUAUGAGGAGGGUCUGGUCUCUUUUUAUGAUGCAGAUGCUGCAGCUCUGAUCUACUCCUUUACUGGCUGCCACUUCACUAAGAAACUCUUCCCAUUCUUCAACCCAGGUCUGAAUGAUUGUGGUAAAAACUCUGCCCCUCUGAUCGUCUCUCCUGUCAGAGUAAACUAAUCACUUAUUUCACGUAUUGUUUUAUUGGUAUUAAAGGAAAUAGAUGUAAAUAUUGAGUGGACACACCACAGAGCUUACAUCUUAUUUUCUACAGAAUCUGUUUACUGUGGUUAUUUAUUAAACUUCACUGUAAGAUGUAUCCCAUUGCAUAGGCAACACAAUAAUCUGAUGCAUCUGUGACCGACUCGUUCGCGGGCGGCUAGUUAAAAAAAAAUAAAAAAUUUAAACUUAAUUUAGGUAAGGUUCUGCAACAAAACACGACGAGGCUCAGACAAGUAGACAAGUUUAUAAAACCAAUGCCUUUAUUAAAAAAAUAAAACAAUGAACCAAAAAAGUCCCUUUAUAAAAAGACCUAAAAAUAGUAGGAGUUUAUAAUAAAACCUGUAAAAGUCACUGGGCAAGCCUUAAUCCGUCCAGUCCUCAGUAGUUGGUCUUUAAAAUCCCAGUUUCCAGUCCAUCGCCCACUGCUCUCGCUGCUCGUUCCUGCUCUCAGUAGUGGUCAGCAGUAACCUAGGUGACAGCCCAGAUAGCAAACAUUAUUGAAACUGUGUUGAAUCAGCAUUCUGCUCUCAACGCUAAUUUAAUCGAAUCAUCAGACUCUGAUGUUGAAUCAACAUUUUGCACCCGUUUUUUUUAAUACUGAAACGUCAUAACUAAAAAUCAACAUGACUUCAAUGUUAUUUCAACCAACAUUAAACCACAGAAAAUAGACUAUAAUAUAUUAAAAAUGAAUAAAUGACAGACAAUUUAAUCAGUUAAAAAAUAAAAAACAAAAAUUCUUCACUACUCCUGUUCUGUCCACCCAUCAGGUCUGGAGCAUUGGAAGCCAUUUUUGUGCUGCCUGGGCAAAGCCAAAGACUUCUGUCCCCAUUGGUUCAGUCAGGGCAUCUAUAACAGAAAAAAUACAAACAAAACAACUUUUGGUAGUGAAAAGGAGGUGAAGAUGAACAAUGUCAGUCGGGCUGAAUUGGUCUCUCUCGGUCAGUCUCCCUCGGUCUCUCGGUCUCUCUCUCUCUCCUUGAAUUCACUAAUGUAACCAAUUUGGUAGUUUAUUGUAGAUGUAGACUGCCUGGCUGGCUUCAAUCUGGAGGAUGAAAGUUGUAGAAGACUGACAGAUGUAUCAAGUUAGCUGGCUUAUUUAAAGUUAAAUGACAGGGGCAUUAGCUAGGAUCAGUUACGAGCAUGAGCAUAUAUUUCGCAAAGCAGUCGAAAUCUGAGCAAAGAUAAAAUACAGUUUAACAUAAUUUACAGUCCUGUACAGGAUAUUAUCCUCUGGUGAUAAAGUUAGCAUUUAUACUAGCGAAGUAACUUAUCCUAAUACGAUGGAGCUUGGAUAUUGUGCUAUUUGUCAGUAUAAAAUGGUAUUGAAACACUUGUAUAUAGUCUAUGACUGCAUAUAAUGUUAGACAAUGUCAAUAAACAAUAAAUGUCUACAAAUUUGGUACAAUUAAACGUUAGAUAAAUAAAUAUGUGCUUACUUGAUGUGGACUUGUGAGAUGUGAGGGGUUCAGGAACAUUGAUCCACCAAGCGAUGGUCUCCUGGUCAAUAAUGCUGCAUUGACUUUUCAAUCAUACAUUAUUUCUCGGUCAACCAUAAAUAGAUGAUUUUUCAACAUUGCUGUUGUUGUUGUUACCCAGUCAACUACAAAUCAAUGCUUAAUCAAGUAUAAUCGGGGCAACUAUAAAUCAAUAUUAUUCCAAUGUCCGGCUCAUACAUGGUCGUUUUUCAUCAGUACUGCAAUAUUGAUUCAACAUUUAUUUAGGGUUGAGAUUUCAAUCUCAACCAUUCUGAUGAUUCAGAUGGAAAAUCAAUAUUUAUUCAAUGCAGUCUUGCUAUCUGGGAGGAUGCUUGGCUGUCACAAAGUUCCCCACAAUAGUUCCGCUAGGGUUAAUUCAGUUAUAUAUAAAAAAAAAAAAAAAAACUUUAAACAAAAAUGUUCAUGCAAAUAAACAACUAAAUCACAGGUGCAAACAAAUCAAAACCCCAAACCCCACACCCAAGCAAAACUAUUGAUGUUCGUGGCGUGACACCAUGAUAUAUAUAUAUAAAUGGACUUUAAAAUUAGGACCGGAAUCAGGAGCGUACUGGCUUGCUCCUCCAAGUACUACAAGUUAAAAAACACAACUAAAGUGGCAGGUUAUUCACUGGGGACGGUAGAUAGUCGCAAACAAAGAGGCGUGGGAGAGCUACUUACAGGGAAGGAGGGGGGAACGAAUUCUGACCCCUCCUCGUGUCUCCGAUGGCGUCCUCCCCCACGCACUUCCAUAAAGGCCGCUUCUUGCUCCAGCUACUCUGAGGCGUCUAGUCUUGGCUCCGGGGCACUGAGUCUACCUAAAGGGUUACUCUGCAGUGCGGUUGACUCUCUUCCGAAGUCCACCUCGGUCCCUGUCUCGUCUCGGUCGACUCUCCGCCUUACGUCGUCUGUGGUGACCACCGCGUCGCUCUGGCUUGCCUCCUUUGAUGCUGCUGCCGUUCUUGGUCCCUCGGCUCAAUACUUGCUUGCUCCCGCGUUCUGCCCCUCUGCUGGGUUUCUCCCGUCUCCUUAUAAAGGAACACCUACCCCCAGACUUCCCGCACCGGUAGCCAUUCACCACUAACG